GAUGUGAUGUAUUUGUCUGGAAUCCCUGGCAUGGGAGGAAGAAGUUGGUGGUCCCAGUGCGUCACCGUGAGGCUCUCAGGAGCAGAGGGGCUCUGCAGAAAGCGUCUCAGUCACCAGUGAGGCAGGAGCAGCAGGAGCUGCUGCACGCAGCACAUCCUCUGAUGCGUUUUGCAAGCUUUUUCUGGCUGCAUAUGGCACGCGUACUGGAGAUUUAUUUACCGGCUUCGCUUAGCACCACACGAUAUAUUCCACGAGGAGGGAAGAUAUGAAGCAUUUUUAUGCGUAAUUAGAGGGAGGGGGGUUCUCUUUUAUAUAUUUUUAAAUUUUUUUAUUCUAUCUCAGUUUUGUUAGAUACUUAAAGUAUUUUUCCCUCUUCUUCUUCAAUGUUUAAUGUGUUUUUUUCCCAAAGCGCACAGAGUUACAACCUCCCUCUGUCAUGGAAAACCUCACGGUGGAUGACAUGACUCUGGAGAAUGACACGUCGGUGCCGGACAACCAAACUCUGGGCGUUUGGACCGACUACUCUGUCGAAUACAAGGUGGUCAGCGUGUUCCUGGUGUCCCUCAUCUGCGGCGUGGGGAUCGUGGGCAACGUCAUGGUCAUCCUGGUGGUCCUGACCACCAAGCACAUGCGAACUCCCACCAACUGCUACCUGGUGAGCCUGGCGGCCGCCGACCUCAUGGUGCUGACGGCCGCCGGGCUGCCCAACAUCAGCGACGCCCUGUGCGGGCAGUGGGUGUACGGCUACGCGGGCUGCCUGGGGAUCACCUACUUCCAGUACCUGGGGAUAAACGCGUCCUCCUGCUCCAUCACCGCCUUCACCGUGGAGCGCUACAUCGCCAUCUGCCACCCCAUCAAAGCCCAGUUCCUGUGCACCUUGUCCCGGGCGAAGAAGAUCAUCAUGCUGGUGUGGGCGCUCACCUCGGUCUACUGCGUCAUGUGGCUGUUUCUGUCCGACACCAAAAAGUUGGUGUACGACAACGUGGCGCUGCUCACCUGCGCCUACAAGGUGUCCAGGAGCCACUACCUGCCCAUCUACUUCACGGAUUUCGCCGUGUUUUACGUGCUGCCCCUCAUGCUGGCCACGGUCCUGUACGGGCUGAUCGCCAGGAUCCUCUUCCUCAACCCGCUGCCGUCCGACCCGAAGGGAGGCAGCAAGAAGUGGAAGAGGGAGGCGAGCCAGGGCGGCAGGAUGGUCGGCAGCAGCUCCUCCAGCAGCACCACGACUGCCUCCCGCAGACAGGUGACGAAGAUGCUUGCCGUGGUCGUCAUCCUGUUCGCCCUGCUCUGGAUGCCCUACCGGACCUUAGUGGUGGUCAACUCCUUCCUAGGCAAACCCUACCUGGACACCUGGUUCUUGCUCUUCUGCCGUCUCUGCAUCUACCUAAACAGCGCCAUCAAUCCGGUCAUCUACAACGCCAUGUCGCAAAAGUUCCGCACCGCCUUCAAGAAGCUGUGCCACUGCGGCCCCCAGCGCAUGGAGAAACCCGCGUCCUACAGCGUGGCUCUCACCUACAGCGUCAUCAAGGAGACGUCCAACGGGGAAAGCCCGGACCACUUCACGACCGAAAUGGACGAGCUGCACUCGCCGUGCGACCAGUGCAUGCCUGCCGGAAAGAUGCAGUACGUGGUGGAUGCCUCGCUCUCUGGCAGAGAAGUGAAUGCCUGAGUAGAGACAACUUUUGCACCCAGAGUAGAUAUCAGAUUCCAACUGAACGUAUUGUUGAGUUUGGUUUGGUUUAAGUUGACGGCGCGCCGACAUGUCCAGCUUGAGUUCUCUCUCUUGUACAUAUGCUGUUUGAUGAAACUGAAGUCCAUUUGCAGUCACGUUUUGUGGGCUUUGAAUAUUUUGCACACGAUAAAUUAAGAGAACAAUUUUGCGUAAUCCAAAAUAGAGGGUAUAUGCAGUUAUGCUUAGUUACUCCCAGAAAGCUUCAUAUGAGAUGACUACAGGGAAAAACUGGAAGAUUACUGAUUAAAGGAGUUACUGCACACAGCAACUCUGUUCUAUGAUAAUCCAUCAAUCUAUUUUCUGUAGCCGCUUCAUAUUUGGAGAGUGUUUGUGGAGUACGGUGCCUAAUAUAUGUGAUAUAUAGGCAACAAAGGGAUAUAAAGAGAAACAGACAUACACUCGUACCUUCGGGCAAUUCAGACAGCCCAAUUACCCCAUCAUGCAUGUUUUUGGGACGUGUGAGGAAUUUGGAGACACAUGCACAGGGAGAACAAGCUAAUUCCACACCGAAAAGACCCCAGCAGCACUUUGAACUGAGGAACUCCUUGCUGCGAGCCACUGGGCCACUGUGCAACGCUCUUCUGUAAAAAACAGUCAAAAUAUUCUUUUGAAAUAGAUAUUUAGAGAAUCCACUGGCAAAAUUUAGCAAUGACAUGACCAGUUUGGUUCAAGCUGGUCACCUCUUUACCCUAUCCUGCCAUUCAUCUCACACGAUGAAUGGAUUGAUGACUAUGGUCGACAUAGAGGUGAUUGUAUGGGACUGGGGGCCUUUUUAUGUGAUGUUUCAGCCUUAUUAACAAUCAUACUUUUCAGUCCUACUGCCACAACAGAAAUCUUAUUUCCCCUGCCCAAUGUGUGACAAUUCCUCAGCUUCAGAUAAAACAGUAGGACCAUUUGCAGAUGCUAAUACUGAGCACACAGGGGAGGAAUUACCAACUAUAGAAUCAGAAAUUUACUGGUUCCAAAAGAUCAUUUGCUUUAAAUAAUUUCUUCCAAAUGGCCUCCAAAUUAUCAUUAGGCUACAGUUAUUGCUUUUUGGAACCCAGAAAAGUUUGUCUUUAGUUUGUUUGAUCCCCCUGUGGAGUGACAUUCAGCAUUAAUCACCACGGUAUGGGAGUAGUUUGUUCAUACCAAUGGAAUAGUUUGCACAGAUAAGUCAGGUGAUGUGUGGCUUAUUUAACAAGAAGCAAAGAUUUAAACCACUACAUUGUAGGGAAUCUCGUCUAAGCCUCUGAACUUUUUAAUACACCCCUGAAAGAGUGUUGCUCAAGGCACUUAUGCAUUCACUUCCCUUUUCUGGGCACACAGUCUAAUGUUUGACCUUAGGCGAACAUCAUUUACACACUCCGCACGUUUGAUGCACCAAGCCAGGAGAAGCACCACUGCCACCAACUCUGCCUUGCAGAUUUUUUUUUUUAACUAAAAAAAAAAAAAAAUCAAUUUCCAAUAGAUGCAUUAUUCACUGAGCUAAUGAGAAAGAAACGCUGGAGCUUAAAGGAGGUGUGAUGGAUAAUGUUUUAUUUAACACAGAAUCAGAGACGCAGAUGUUGCGUUUUUAACUUCCUCAUGAAAAUGUAAUGCAGAACCUUUCGAGACAUUUUCAUCAAGCUUAAAAUGUUGAUGUCUUGAAACAAAUUAGCUUUGGUAGAAUUUUGAGAUGUAAUGAAUACUUCAGCUGGUUGAAAGUAAUUAACUUUUGUUUUCUCCCUGUGUUAAACACAGAGGAUUUUAGUCCAUUGAAGUUCCAGUUAAAUGUUUUGUCCAUUUAGCUGAGAUUGCUUUAUUUCAACCAGUUAGCACCGUGUCAAAUGGGGAAAAAAAUACUAUACCACGGAAAAAGUUCACAAGCAUUCAUCAUUGGUAUAAAAUUUUAAUCAAAUUUAAGGCUUUGGAGGAUGUGUUUGACUUGUUCUUAUUCAAGAAUGAUCACAUAAUAAAAAAAAUACAAUUGGCAGCACCAAUGGACAUUUUUGUGGCUUUUUCAAAUCCACAACAGGACAAAAUUGUACCUAAACAUAUAAACAGAGAAAUAAAUUUCUUAGAAAUAUCCAUUUGCUUUGAAAUCACUAAAAACAUAACCGUUGACACACAACUUUGCACAAUAGAAAUGCAAACACAUUGGAUCCCAGCAGCUCCACUCCAUUUCAGCAACUCAUCUGAACAGUCCUGGCUCAAAAUCCAUUCAGUGCGAUUUUAACAAUCCAAUUCAAAACAAUAUUCAUCAGGAGAAAAGUCUUAUGUGACCGUCUUUAGGUGCAAAGGUUUUAGAGUUAUUUGGUUUGGGAGCGAAUUUACAGAGCCAAGUAUAACUCCGCAAUGCCGCCGACGCAUUUUCAAGGUAGACGCUCUGAUGUUUGAGGAAUUUAAAUGUGUCGAUGAAGCUCCUGUAUCUGCAACAUCAAAGUUUUAAAGCAGAAAGCAGCUGUUAUCUUUUUCAGUAGAAGCAACCUGCUGACAGACCAAUUACAGUGGUUCAUUGGUUGAACGAUGCGUUUUUACACCAUUUCUAAGCUGUCAGUGCGAGUAUGAACUGAUGGAGGGAGGCGUCCAGGUUCAGGUCUGUCAGGGACAAAAUAACCUGGCAAAACCCAGUUAGAGGUAAAAAACAAACUGGUGGCUAAUAUGGCGGAUAGUAAAACUAAAUGAAGAAAAGACAUAAACAUGCAACCGCUGGAGGAUAUAUACGAUGCAACGUAACGAGACAAAGUGAACAGUAGCUGCUGAAUAUGUUUGCUUGGGUCAGAUCUUUAACAGUAAGAAAAUAUUUUGUUUGUUUUUUAUGAUUUCUGGCUCAACAGAAUGCAAGGGAUGUGUUUUCCUCAAGGUUUUAAAAACUUCCCGAAAUGUCAAAUACAGUAAUAGGUACCAAAUGUUUCUCUUAGUUUCGACAUCAAGCUUAAAAAGUUCGUACUGUGACGACUUCAAGUCAGAUUCAUACAUUUUUACCAAUACAUUUAAUUAAAUCAAUUUUUUGUUCAUUUGAGAAUAAAAAAAAAUGCUCGAAGCAUAAAGGACAAAAACUGAUAUUGUUUGCAAACGUUUCACUGGUGAAAUCCAAGUUUCUGAUUCAAUACUCAUAUCUCGAAGUCACUAUCAUACAGACGUCAUAUUUCAUUUUGCAACCAAUCUUCAACUGGGAUUCGACUGGAGUUUUAGAAUUCGUCCCUCUUUGCAUUUCCCGCUCCUCCACCUGAAGCCAUGUAACCUAAAUUAAUCCAAACGUACACCGGCGUGACAUUUUAAUUUCGCUUCCGGAGGCAGAACGCAGAUGUCGAAUUACGUGACCUUUAACGAUGGACUCGGCAGAGAAAGAGGCGGACGCAUUUAGACACUCACUUAAACUUGCUGUGUCAAUUUAGAAUCACCUGAAUGCUAAUGAUUCCUGCAGGGAGUUGCUCGAUUAGUCCUCCGACGUGACAGACAGCCUCGGCGUUGCUUUGGUUGCCAUCAAGUGCACCGGCGUGUGGAGAGCUUGUUGCUGCAGCGAGGCAGAAAUGUGUUUCUACUGCUGCUGCAUUAAGUCGUUUUAUUCAGUUUCAAUUGGCAGAAUGCAGCACCUUUUCUUUGAGUUAUUUGUUCCAGGAAUCUCCACAAACCAGUGACGGCACAUGUAGAAAGCAGCAAGAUGGCUUGAUGAAACCCAUUGAUGAGGUAGCUUAAAAAUACAUUUUGAAAAUAACCUAUAUGCAGGUGUUAAACAUACUUCUCAUUAGUGCUGAUCUAUACUUCAUAUUUUGGUAUUUAUCCGAUACCAAAUAAAGUAUCGCCAAUAUUGAUUAAUACCAGUAAAGAUACUUAUUGUUUAACUAUGAAUUCAUCAAACAUCAGAACUUUAGGCAAUUUUGUGUUUUUUUCUUUUGGAUUUAAAAAAAAUAAAAACAAAUCUAGGACACAAUUUACACAAUCUAGGACACAAUCUGUUCAUAAUUCAUCUACACAAUGUGUUUCACUUAGUAACUUUAGUCAUUAAAAUCAAACACAUUUUCAAGAAUAUUCUAAUUUGUUAAAUAUGACCGCAUAGUCAUCCCUGCUUGUUGAGGAGGAAUUUCACAGUAUCUCUGAACUUCUGUUUUGUGUGUUAGCGAGUUGAACACCCUGAUGAGUGCAACAUGAUUUGUUAAAAUUGUCAUUACGUUGUGUCAGUAUAAUCUGAGACAAUGUGUGAAAAGAUCAAUCUCCUCCACGUCCUCCCUGAGCUACUCUUACUGUCUGAAGAAACGCACCGCUCCCGGUCAAAAGCAACCAAUCAGAGCCAGGAGGAGGGUCUUAGCGCUGCCACUCAUGCUCGUGUACGUCCACUUGAUGUUGAUGAUGACAAUGAUGGAGAAACAACUUACCAUUACAGGAAAAUUGUUUAACUACAGUCAUUGGUGGCCAUGGUAACUAGCAUUAGCAUUCGUGGUAAAAUGCAUUAUGGUGAGACCCUCUUCCUGGCUGUGAUUGGUUGUGUCUGACAGAGCAGGGUAUUUCUGCAGUUGGCUCUGGGAUAUAAAAAACUUUUUUUUUUCAUAACAGUUACAGAUUGCUUCUCUAAGGAGGGAUUUUGGAAUCUGUCUGAACUUGAAAAGCUGCCUGGUAAAAACAACCCUGGGUCAAAAAUGGAUCGCCUAACCCAGGGUUGAUGUAACUCUGCAGGUUUGCAGAAUGGGCUUAGCUUAACUGAAUGGGUUCAAAUGAAAGAAAUUUCAGCUUUUUCAUCAUGUGGAUUAACUUUGGUGAAGUCAGACGAGGUCGUUGUAUCAUUGACACAGUAAAAUGUUUUGACCCCAUUUUUGUUUAAAACAGCCCAUUUUCUCUCACCACAACAUAAACCUAUGAAAUAAUGGUGAGGAACUCUGCAGUGUCUGCAUGUGACCUGUCUCCAAGAGAGACCAGCUACUGAAAGGGACACACUUUAAAAUGAACAGCUGUGUUUUUUUUCUCUUUUGUUUGUGUGUCUAUAUUGUAAAGUUAUUUGAAAACUUUUGUGCCAUGCAAUGUGAACUUCAUGGAGUAUUGUACUUUUAAAUGUGCCUGAAAAGAAAAGGAAAAAAAAACAACAACCCUGUUUCGAUCAUUUCUUUAAAAGUGUCUCAGUGCAGUGGGUGAAAGCUAAAUGCUGAGGUAGAAUAGAUGAGAAUAUUUGGAAACAAAAAAGCUGUUUCAAGUCUGUGGUUUGUAAAGUACCUCAGAGGUUCAUGCACAUUUUGCUUUCUGUUCGUUAUUAUUAAUUUUUUUCCUACUUUUGACAAAUAGCAAACAGCUGUGAUUGGAGAUAUUUUGUGUUCUGCAUGCAGGUUGCUGCAAAAAACACACAACUUGCAACACAGGCACACACAUACACACCAUGUGGGCAAAUCCAGUGACUUUUUGCACGUUUGUAGUUUUCCUCUGCUGCUUCAUGGAUUGUUUGAAUAUUUUGUAUUGUUUAUUUGUCAAUAAUAAACAGUAAUUACAUCUGGC